AUGGGAAAUAAUCGUAGUAGUAACAGCCAAUCCUUUGUUGCCCGCCACAAGCCAUCCGUCCUUGUCUUGGCCUCGCAGGUCUCGGCUGCCUUCAUUCAUGCUCUCGUCAAGAUCCUCGAGACCGACGUUCAUCCGGUCGACCCAUUACAGAUCCUACAAGUUCGACUAUUCAUUACCGGCUGCGCUUGUACGUUCUACCUAUGGUACACGAAAGCGCCUGGCUUUCCCCUCGGCGACCGUGACCUCCAGUCGCUGCUGGGACUGAGAGCACUCGGCGGGGUGUGCGGUUCGAUUGGCUUUUAUUUCUCGAUACUCUAUCUUACUCUUGCUCAGGCAACAGCGCUCAAUUUUCUGGCGCCCUUAGGCGCCAUGAUACUGUCCAAGUAUUUGGAUUAUGCCACUUUUGGUUUUGUCGACCAGGCUGGAGCGUUAAUAGCCCUUGUCGGCGUCGUAUUGAUCGUGCAGCCGAAUACUGUGUUUGGGCUCCAGGACAAGUCAACGUUACCAGAAAAUUCCAGCAGUCAUGAGAUGAUACACAAUACCAUCAAGGGCGUUGCUUACAGUGCCAUGGGUGUUCUGGGCGGUAUUGAGUUCUUGCUUACGGCUGGAAUCGCGAGUGAUACAUCUAUUACGGCGACUGUUAUGAUAUACUCGCAGGUGCUCUGGGCUCUCGCACUGGAUCGCAUCGUCUGGCACAUAAGCAUAGACAUACUAAAGCUAGUGGGUAUCGGCAGUGUAAUGAGCAGUCUGCUAGCGAUAUCUCUUGCUAAGGAGACAGCUAGCCUCCGAGCUAGGGUCAGAGUGGACUACGAGGCAGUGCCAACUUGCAGCCAUCCUGGGGCGGGUAAUGAAGUAGACCUCGAGAUGCUGGGCAGAGCCGAGGAUUUUGAUGAAGUUUAG